AUGGGUAUUCUUAACCAGCUUACCCCUGAGUUGGAGGAGGUCGACGUUAUCGUCGUAGGAGGCAUGGCUAAUAUUAUCCUUGGAGGAACCGCUGGUUGCAUUGUUGCUUCGAGGCUUAGCGAUGCUGACCGUGACCUGUCGGUUUUGGUGAUCGAAAGUGGACAGAAUAACUAUAAUGUGCCCACGAUCAUCCACCCGAUUCUCUUCAUGGGCAAUUUGGCGCCUACUAGCACGGCAACAUUAUUUUACCAGGCCGGCAAAGAGGAAAAGGUAGGUAACAGGCAACUGGUUGUGCCAGCCGGCGGCAUCCUCGGCGGUGGCUCAUCUAUAAAUUUUAUGAUGUACAGCCGGGCGCAGCGAUCAGACUUUGACUCUUGGAAUAUGCCUGGCUGGUCUGCAGAUGAGAUGAUACCGUAUCUAAAGAAGCUCGAGACGUAUCACGGUCCCGGCUCUAAAGAUACUCACGGAGAAGAUGGACCAGUACAGAUCUCAGGCGGCACAUACCGUGCUAUUACAUCCGAGAAUAAUUUCAUCGAGGCUGCUGCAAAGAUUGGCUGGCCUGAGAUUGAAGACUUUCAAAACCUGGAUUCCAUCAACGGUACCCAACGGGCUGCACGUUUCAUUUCACCAGAUGGUAAACGCCAGGAUUCUGCCCAUGCAUAUCUGCAUCCUCGACUUCAAGACGGCAAGCAUCCGAAUCUAAAUGUCCUGGUGGAGUCUCAGGUCAUACGAGUUAUUAUCGAUGACAACAGAAAUGCUAUUGGGGUUGAGUACCGACCCAAUCCUAAAUUCCAGAACGAUACCUCGGUCCGGAGCAUCCGUGCCCGCAAGAUGGUGAUUAUAUCGAGCGGCACUAUGGGAACUCCCUCCAUACUGGAGAGAUCUGGCAUAGGUAGUCCGGAAAUCCUGAACCGAGUUGGUAUCCCGGUCAUAUCUGAUCUUCCUGGAGUUGGCAACAAUUACCAAGACCACCAUCUGCUCGCAUACCCAUAUAGGACAAGCUUGGCACCGGAAGAGACAGCCGACGCAAUCAUACGGGGUACUCUCAGCGUCGAAGAACUUGUUAAAACCAAGGAUCCCAGAGCUGGCUGGAAUGCUCAGGAUGUCACUUGUAAGAUCCGACCAACAGAUGCGGAGGUCGCAGAACUUGGCCCUGAGUUUCAAACGGCAUGGGAACGAGACUUUAAGGCUAAGCCAGACAAGCCACUAGCAUUAAUGGCUCUCGUCAGCGGAUUCUCUGGUGAUCCGAGUAGCGUACCAGUAGGGCAGUACACUUCUCUGACAGCAUUUACUGUAUAUCCGUAUUCUCGUGGCCACGUACAUAUUACGGGCAUAAGUGUAGAUGACCCAGUAGACUUCAAGACUGGAUUCUUUACUGAUGCUCAUGACAUCGAUAUUAAAAAGCACAUCUGGAUUUAUAAAAAGCAAAGGGAAAUAUUGCGUCGAAUGGAUAUGUAUCGGGGCGAGGUAGCUACUGCACACCCCCAAUUCGCCCCCGACUCCAAUGCAGCAUGCACCGAGUUGAGUAACAAUCCUCUCGCUAACGUAGGAUUGAUCGAAUAUAACGCAGAGGACAACGCAGUCAUCGAGAAAUGGUUGCGUAAAAACAUAGGUACCACUUGGCACUCUCUAGGUACAUGUAAGAUGGCACCUAUUGAGGCAGGAGGCGUUGUAAACGAGAACCUGAGCGUUUAUAGAGUCAAUAGGCUAAAGCUUGUAGACUUAAGUAUUCCACCAUGUAACGUAGCUGCCAAUACGGCAAACACAGCCUUUGCGAUAGGCGAGAAAGCAGCCGAUAUAUUUAUUAGGGAGCUUGGCCUUAGUGAUAGAGAUACUCGACAAGAAUGUGGCAAUCGAGAGGGGCGGCAAUAG